CUUGAAUCCCGGGGCAGGAACUCAGAAAACUUCCAGCCCGGGCAGCGCGCGCUUGGUGCAGGACGCAGGGGCGAGCAGCCCGUCCCCCUCCGACUCUCCGGUGCCGCUGCCGCCUGCCCCCGCCACCCGAGGAGGCGCGGUGCCACCCACUGCUCCGUCCUUUGCCUGCGCUCAGUGCCCGACCCGAUCCCGGCCGAAUCUCCCCAUCCUCCUUUUGCUUUCUGACUGCCCAAGGCGCUAUUUGUUUUCUCUCUCUCUUUCUCUUUCUUGCUCUGCGAGCGCGGAGCGGGGGGGAAGAGGAGGAGGAAUUCUUUCCCCGCCUAACAUUUCAAGGGACACAAUCCACUCCAAGUCUCUUCCAUUUCCAAGCCGCUUCCGAAGUGCUACCGGUGACCGCAACUCCCGAUCCCAAACCGAGAGGGGAGCCUCCCGACUUCAAACCCUCUUUUCCCUUUCCUUCGCUUUCCUCCUCCUCUCGCUACCUCCACCUCCACCGCCACCUCCACCUCCGGCACCCACCCACCGCUGCCGCCGCCACCAGCAGCGCCUCCUUCUCCUCCUCCCCUCUUCUCUCUUUUUGGCAGCCGCUGGACGUCCGGUGUUGAUGGUGGCAGCGGCGGCAGCCUGAGCAGCAGCAGCCCGAGCAGCACGCCAGCUCUCGCCCACCCCGCCUCAUUCACCAGCCCUACCGCGCGGUCUCCCGAAAGGUGCUGGGCACAUUUGGGGCGGCGGAGGCGAAGCGGCUGCGGCGGCGGUAGCGGCGGCGGCGGCGGCGGCGGCGGGAGGCAGGAUGAGCGCACGCGGUGAAGGCGCCGGGCAGCCGUCCACUUCAGCCCAGGGACAACCUGCCGCCCCGGCGCCUCAGAAGAGAGGACGCGGCCGACCCAGGAAGCAGCAGCAAGAGCCAACCGGUGAGCCCUCUCCUAAGAGACCCAGGGGAAGACCCAAAGGCAGCAAAAACAAGAGUCCCUCCAAAGCAGCUCAAAAGAAAGCAGAAGCCACUGGAGAAAAACGGCCAAGAGGCAGACCUAGGAAAUGGCUACAGAACUAAUUACUGUGAAAAGACACAAAGGAAAGAGAAAACCAAAACCCUCUCCUCACGAUUCUGGCAAGUCGGUUGGACUGAGCACACAGGAAUCAAUGAAAGAGCAUUUUGCCAAGUUCCAACUGUGUAAAAGUGGAGGUUAGGAGUCUGGGGGGAGGCACACAGACUUGAGGUGGGAGCCAUUAGUCAGUACUGUAAGGCUGCCUGUGGGAGAAGAGUUUUGGGUGGAGUCUUGAAGGAAGUGAGGAAAAGAUUUGAAUUAAUAUACAUAAAGCUUGUGCCUGAAGGAGACGGAAAGCAGCUGGAGG